GAAAUGAGUAAGUAGAUCCUCACAUGCAGUGAACUCAGAGAAUGCUAAUGGGGUAUCUGCGUCUUUUUGUUCUCAGAGGCUUAUGCCAGAAUAGGGAAAGCCUUUUAUUCUACCACUCUCUCGGAGUCAGAAGAAGGGGGCUUUCUGAAGAGUUACUUUAAAUUGAAACUCUCUUCUAAUGUUAGUCUGCUGACCGUCUUGGGUCUCUUGAGUUAGAAACUGCUUCAGCUUAGUUAAUAGAGCCAGAUGUAACAUUGACCUUAAAUGGUAAAAGCUCCCAAGAGUGAGAGAGAGGCUCGCCUGAGGGGAAAAAGAGGAAUAACUCAGUUUUAGGAGGGUCCUGCUUACUGUGUUCAAUCCAAAAGCCCAUUGCCAUUUCAUUAUCCCUUCUUCACCUACAAUACCGGGCAUUAUCCUGACCAUGGCAGUUCCAGACUUCAGACUCCACUGUUAGAGCAUUUGAGGUCAGCUGUCAGACUAGCAGUGGAGAUGGAGUAAAGCAUCUUUAUUCUAAACCCUUGCUAACACAGUUUUCAGCUGUGACUCAGACAGAGAGGCUACCAUGCCAACCGUACCUGAAGACGAGGGACAGCCACCAGAAGCACAACGCACCAGUUCUCCUCCAAUCAAAGAUGCUACUAUUGAGGGGACAACAUGCAGUACACCUUCUAUUGUUCUUCCAGAGAAUGCUGUAACGCCAGAUGUAGAAAUUGAUAAAAAUCUGGUUAACAGACCUCGUAGUCCUCAUCUGAGACAUUCUAACCGACACACUAGGACUUCCGUUAAUUCAUUGACUUCUGUUGACAAUACAGGUCAGGUGAUUGAUCUGGUAAAUGGCCAACUGCCAGAUGUCAAAAUCUCAGAUGAAGAUAAAAAGAAGAAUCUUGAGUUACUAGAAGAAGCAAAGAGAGUGAGUGAGAGGUUCCUAAUGCGCAGAGGCAGAAAAUCAAGAAGCAGUCUUCCAGAGUCUCCCACAGCUGUUUCUCCUACACUUAGUCCAAGAGUUUCACCUGUACCAUCUCCGAACAACUCUCUCACUCUUCCAAUCCCAACAGGGUCUGAUGUAUGUACAGCCACGGGUGCUGGGUCAGUGUCUCCACUGCAGAAUGUCACAAAAGGUUUAACCGAUCGAAAGCAGAAUGAUCAGAGGAAGGUUUCUCAGGGAAGGUUGGUUCCUCGUUCCACUAGUUUUGAAAACUCCAAAGAGAAACUCUCUGCACAAAAAGAAAACUUUGAUCCACUUACACAUAUGGAUAAUUUACCCAAAUCCUCUCCUUCAGGCAGUGAUGCUGGCAAAACUUCUCUUAACACAAGCACAAACAGCUGUGAAAAUGAACAUGGAAAACCAUUACUUAAGAAAUCAAAAGAAAACGACUUUCCUUUAAGAAUGUAUCGACAAGGACCAGGCAUAGGUACUAUGGACCCAAAAUUUAAAAGUUCUGUCCCAGAACUGAUGGACCCUAAAGUUACCUGUAAAACAGAACUUAAAGCAUCUGGAACACGCCCUCCUCUAGUACGAGCUGUAUCAUGGGAUAGCAUAGAACCUGGACAUCAAGAAAAGGCACCUUUUAAAUUACCACCUGAAGAAGAUAAAAGCUUUGCCAUUAGUAAUAAAUCCAGCAAUCAGUUGACUAAAACAUUAACGUUCAAAGAUCUCCAAAUACAAGUUCAACCAGUUCGAAUGCAGAAAUUGACAAAGCUCAGAGAGGAGCAUAUUCUGAUGCGAAAUCAAAACUUAGUUGGACUUAAACUGCCUGAACUCAGUGAAGCAGCUGAACAGGAAAGAGGGCCUUCACCUAUACCGUGCACCGCUGAAGAAGAGGAGUCAAAGAAUAGCUCUGAUGUCAUGCCUAAUAUUCCUGAUGUACUGCUACGAAAACUCCGUGUGCAUAAAUCUCUGCCAGGAAGCUCUCCUCCACUUACUGAAAAAGAAGUUGAGACUGUGUUUGUACAACUUUCCUUGGCCUUCAGAAAUGAUAGUUACACCUUGGAAUCUAGAAUUAACCAGGCGGAGAGGGAGAGAAAUCUUACUGAGGAGAACACUGAAAAGGAACUGGACAACUUUAAAGCAGCCAUUAUGUCUUCAGCUGCCUUAUGGCAUCACUAUGAACACAGAGAAACUUGCCAGAAGCUAUUGGAGGAUAUUGCUGUACUACAUCGUUUGGCUGCUAGACUCUCCAGUCGUGCUGAAAUGGUUGGAGCUGUUCGCCAGGAGAAACGUAUGUCAAAGGCCACAGAAGUAAUGAUGCAGUAUGUGGAGAAUUUGAAGAGAACAUAUGAAAAGGAUCAUGCUGAGCUAAUGGAGUUUAAGAAACUGGCCAAUCAGAAUUCUAGCAGAAGUUACAGUGCAUCUGAAGAUGGAGUGCCUCGUUCAUCUAGAUCCAUGUCUCUUACUGUUGGAAAGAAUAUGCCUCGGAGGAGAGUCAGUGUUGCUGUUGUUCCUAAGUUUAACUCAUUACACAUUCCUGGACAGUCACCUACUACGUCACCCAUACCUUCAAUGCCAUCCCUGUCUGAAUCACCCAACGGAAGAAGCAGUCUGACAUGUACUCCUGCCCUACCAGCCCUUCUAGAGAAUGGAAAGUCAAAUGGAGAGCAUGACCGUGAAUCACUUGCUUCUCUGCUGACACAGAGCUGUUCAGAGGAGAUCAACCCUGAGACAAAAGCCAAGAUAGAAGAGGAAGCUUAUAACAAAGGUUAUCAGGAAGGCUUAAAGAAAACCAAAGAACUUCAUGAGCUGAAAGAGGACGAUGAAGAGAAAACAAAUGAAAUCCCUGAUGAGCAUGAAGAGGGUGAAAGUGAAGAGAUAAAUAACAUGAAAAACAGCAAACUUGAAGUUGUUAUUAAUUAUUUACAUAUACUGUACCCAAAACUGUGUAAACACUGGAAUGUGGUCUGGAUUGUAGCAGCUGCGAUAAUCAUUUUUGCUGCGCUGUUGGGGAUCUACCAUUCAUACAACUCCUGUGUUGAAUUAUCAGAUGGACCCGAGGGGAAAGCCACCUGUUCUGCUGUCCAGCAAUACUCCUGGUGGAACUCAGGACUUCAGCAUGAGCAAGGCACAGAAUAAUAAACAAAUUAUAAAAUAUUUACGGUACAUCAGUAAGCACACACUUUAAAACACGGUUAUUAAAGCAAGGUAGCACUUUGUCAUUUUCCUGUUGCUAAAUAUGAUCAGUAAGCCACACUAGUUAUUCUAUGCCAUCAGGCGUGGGAAUGGAUUGUGAUUUACCUAGUGAAAUUGACCAUCUGAUAAAUACUUCUGUCUUUUUGUCUUGAUAAUUGUAUCUGACUAAUAUGACUUCAUACAAAUAAAGUCACAUUUAAAUCAUGCCAAGGUUGUGACAGUCACCAGCAAUAGCCAGGAUAUUAAGAGGGAAGACUGAUACGUUAGACCUUAAUUCAUGCACUUUUGAGGAAAGCCAUAAAAGCUACCAGUUAGAGAGUAUUUGCUUUAACUUUGCAUUUCUUGGCUUUUAUUGACUGAUGUCAUAACUUUCACAGCAGUUAUAUAUAGGAUUUUUUUUUAAAUGUAAUGUCCUUGUUUAGAAUGAGUGGGUGGGAAAGAAAGGCCUUCUGCUGAAGAUUAAAAAUAUUAUACAAGGCCAAAUUUAUCCUUGGUGUAUUUCCAUAAUAUGAGUUACACCAAGGAUGAGGUUGGUCCAAUAAUCAUACAACAAUGCAAAAUGGAAUGCUGACUAAAUACAUGUUUUCUAUUGCUAUUCAUAAUGUAUUGCAAGAGGGAAACCACUCUAUUGUUUGAAUAGGGUUUAUGUUAAGGAUUAAAUCCAGGUCUGUGUGGCAAACAGAUCAAGUGCCCAGUGUGUCUUAGAGCCUCUUUGUAUGUCAAAGGGACAUGCUGUGCGGUGCAUUUUGCUGCUCUUCUGAACAAGAGUGCAAUGCACUCCCCACUAGCAGUUCCUACUGACCAGGGCUGGCGCUUCCAUUCAGGCGACCUAGGCGCCUAGGGCACCAGGAUUUGGGAGGGCAGCAGACUGCUUCA